UACAGCAACCUGGUUUGAAAGAGCAGACCCCACACUGUGCCAAUAUAUCGUCUCCUACAUAUGCACCUGCUGCAACUGGGAAACUUAAUGGAAAAACCCUCCUCUUAACACUCCUACUGCACUUGUCUCAAUGCCUGGUUGGCUACGACUUAGACCACAUGGUAAUUAGCCCAGAAACUUUCUACUCAGACGGUCGCUGUCCCUGGCUGGUGACAGUAAGAGUUGCAAAGUGGCAAAGAAUGCCCAGGUCUUUCCUAGUGAAGAAGCCUUGCAGCCAUCGGAUCCCAAACUACGGACAACUACUCGAUUCAGACACAGGGUCAGUGGUCUCGUUGCUGAAGAAUGGAGGGUCCAUUCCACAUAAAUCAGAAGUCACAGAACAGCCAGAUGCACCUCUUGAGAUUUCAGUGGAGUCGCCAGGCACAGAACAUAAUGAGACAUCUGGUAAAACCUCCCUGGAGAUCAUAGAAGAGGAUGCUAUACCAAUCUUAGCAAAUGGAUUACCGCUGAAAGACAGUAUGAACAACUUAAAUAUGCACAUCAGGAGGCUACCCGAUACAGUCUAUGCCCUGCCCGGUGUUAAAAGCAUGUUGCAUCUUUCUUCUCAGUGUGACACUUCCUACGAGCUGCAUUCUGUAGGGUGUCCAGACUUUCAGAAAUCAUAUGGGGUAUUACCCCUCCAGAAAUCAAGGCACUGCCAUGGUCCACCACGACGAGUCUUCAGUUGCCAGCAGUGUGCCAAAGUCUACACUAGCUUGGGUGCCCUAAAGAUGCACAUCCGCACCCAUACCCUGCCCUGUUCCUGCGGGAUCUGUGGCAAAGCUUUUUCCAGGCCAUGGCUACUACAGGGACACAUCAGAACACAUACAGGUGAGAAGCCGUUCUCCUGUUUCCACUGCGGACGUGGAUUUGCCGACCGUUCCAACCUCCGGGCUCACCUGCAGACACACUCCGAAGUCAAGAGUGAGGCAGAGCAAAGUUUACCAAGUGCCUCUACCAUAGGAUGUCAAAUAUCACAUGAAGACAUUUGGGAUCAUGGAGCAAACUAGUGAACAGAGGGCUGUGCAAGCUAAGGCAAAGGACCAAGCUCUGCCACUACAUGGCUUAAAAGCUAUUCCUCUGCCUGUGUGCCCAAGAAAGUUAUCCACCACAAUUUAAAGACUUAUUACAGAUGUUCUCUUGAUAAAUGUCCAGUGUGUUACAGAUGUUUUUCUUGAUAAAUGUCCAAUGUGGUCCACAUGUUCUCUCCAUAAAUUUCCUGUGUGGUCCACAUGUUCUCUCCAUAAAUGUCCAGCUUGGUGCCCUCUACAUCCAUCUAGGCCUGAAGACUAACCAUGGACUAAAAUGUAGUCAAA